UUAAUAGCUGACCAAGAGCUAGCUUUUCUUCGAACAUGUUAGCCUUGGUUUAAAAGCAAUGCUUUUAAGGAAUAGAGUCAUUCCAGUCAGGAAAUGGAAGGGGGCGACAUCGGGAUGUGGAAAAAUGCGCAGCACCUUUCGGCGGCGGUGAACGGAUUAUAGAAGAAUGGAUUUCUUUCCACUUGAAUGGUAGUCUUGAGGCUAAUACUUGGAACGCUCACGUGCCAACUGAUUUGCGCAAUCGCAGUGGUCGCCACCAGGACACCGUUUGAUGUGCCGAUUUCAUUUAAUUUGAUUGGCCAGUAUGAAACAUAAUCUGCAUAUGGCUAUGCCUCUCGGCCGUUUCUGGGACUUAACGUGUAAACUUUUUAGCCUGAGUUCAACGCGUCGAAUCUGACAAGAAAGGGCCACUUUUCGACACUCAAAAAUAGACAGGAGUCUUUUUCUUUCAAAAUGCAGAAUAACACUUGGAUUUUUGUGUACACAAUAUUUGUUUCUUUACUAAUUGAGAUUGAGACCUGGUCACUUAACAAUUUUUUGAUGACGGGCCCUAAGGUGUAUAAUAAAAGACAUUUCAAGAGCAAUGGCCUGGCCGAUUUAUCAAAUCACAGGUUCAUAUCAUCUGCCUCAAGUACCACGGCGUACAUGGUCUUCUCUGAAAGUGUGGCUGCAGGUGCACAGACCGGGGUGAAGGAAUGCAAGGACCAAUUCAAGUGGGACAGAUGGAACUGUCCGGAAAACACUUUCUCAUUAUUCACACACAAUGCACUUCCAAGAGCCAACAAGGAGACAUCUUUUGUCCACGCGAUCACCUCCGCUGGGGUCAUGUUUACCCUGACUCGGAACUGUAGCCUUGGUGACUUCGAUAAAUGUAGCUGUGACGACAGCAAAAAGGGUCAACCAGGUAGGAAGCACGGAGGGGCGAGAUGGAACUGGGGUGGUUGUAGCGACAAUGUAAGAUUUGGUGAGAAGAUAUCGAAGCAGUUCGUCGACACGCUAGAGACAGGGAAGGAUGCUAGAGCGACCAUGAACCUCCACAACAACGACGUAGGAAGAAGGGCUGUUCGGAAGACUCUGAAGAUGUCUUGUAAGUGUCACGGUAUUUCUGGCGCCUGCACCAUCAAGACCUGCUGGCAGCAGCUCUCAGAGUUCAGGGCAGUGGGUAGCUACUUGAAGAAAAAAUACCAACGGGCAAAGAUGGUAGACUUCCAAGAUGGCAAGUUGAACAUCGCGCGGAACUCUGAGCGUCGAAUGCGGAUCUCGAAGACGGACUUGCUGUAUUUGGAGUCGUCGCCUGAUUACUGCCGGGUCAACGUGACCGCCGGGACGUACGGGACUCUUGGGAGGGAAUGCGUCCGCCCUCUGAAGAAAGGGGACAAAUUGGACCGAUGGGAAAGGCGGAGUUGCAAAUUCCUUUGCAAGACCUGCGGACUGCGGGUCAAGAAAAAGGUGAUAGAAGACCAUGUUAGUUGCAACUGCAAGUUCCACUGGUGUUGUGCGGUCAAGUGCGAGUCAUGCAAAGAGACAAUCACCAAGUUUGCAUGUGCGAAGGUGAACUGAGAAUGCGGGUCUGAUAGGUUCGGCGAGAUUUCUGAUUUGCUCACAAAGUGAGAACUCUUAUCCGUCAUUGGGACUUGCGAUUGUUGAAAAGAUUUUCGAAAGCACAGAAGUUCCCUAUGAUCGGUUUUCUUGAGUUAUGGCUUUAUUCUCGUUAUUAGUCAAACCAAUGACAAUAAAUAUGAAAUUUGACUGGUAUAUAUACUGUAUUCCCUGUCCUGGUGCUGAUACAUACUCCCAUGGUGGUCAUUCAAGUUCCCAAAAAAUGAUGAAUAGUGUCCGUGAACACGCUUAAGCGUUUAAGUUUAGAUAUAUACAAUGCACGCACACGUUCCAAAUAUAAGCGAUUUGUGUUUGU